AUGUCUGACCCCGCAAGCACCGGAAACGCCGACUUCGUGCAAGCCGCCGCCGACGUCAAGAACUUGACCUACAAGCCCAGCAACGACGAGCUUCUUGAGCUCUACGGUCUGUUCAAGCAGUCUAUUGUUGGUGACAAUGACACCUCCAAGCCCGGCAUGUUCGACCUCCAAGGCAAGGCCAAGUGGGACGCCUGGACCAAGCUGAAGGGAACCAGCAAGGAGGACGCUCAGAAGCAGUACAUCGCUCUCGUUAAGUCCCUUCAGACCAAGCAGUAA